AUGACGUGUUGGGCAAAGCGCGAAUUCGCUCAAUGGCCAAGGUAUGUACCUGCAAGGGUCAUUGAGGUGCUCGCUGGACAACCAGUUUUUCACUUCCCCAAUGAUCCGUUGUGCCUGACAACGAAUAACACAGAAGAUGAGCCAGAAAUCGGACACAAAGGUUCCUCACACAACGAGAAGGCCCAGUUGGCAAAUACACUAUGGGCCGCCCAUCCUGCGACCCCCUGGGUCAUCAGAGUAGAGUUUCCAUUUGUAGCCUGCCCAAAUGGCGAGAAGUGCAUCAUCGAGCAAGUGGUCUUCUCCAACGCCUCGACAAAUAGGUUCAGACCCUUCCCACCCGGGCAAAGCGCGAAUUCGCUCAAUGUCCAAGGUAUGUACUGGCAAGGGUCAUCAAGCUGGCAGGUUCAAACCCAUCCUACCAAGGGCAAAGAGCGCAUUCGCUCAGUGUCCAAAUUGCAGCCUGGCGAAAAUUUCAUCAUCGAGCAGUCUCCUCCAACGCCUGGACAAAUAGGUAUGUUCGCGCCCUCGGAAGGUAUCAUGAAAGUCGGUCGGUACAGGUUGUCAACUAUGGCUCAUAAAGGAGCAGCGGUUGAUUUGUUCACGUUGCCUGAUGUCAACAGUUCAUCUGGCAGGUUCAAACCCUUCCUACCCAAGGGCAAAGCGCGAAUUCGCUCAAUGGCCAAGGAAGGUAGCCUUGCUGAGCUCCCUAGAGCCAGCCUUGGUGCUCACUGA